UACAUUAGGCCCGCAAUUAGUGGGCUAACAUGAAUUAAUGCUUAUUUCAACGUACGUAAUGGAGAAAAUGUUACCCGAAGAGCUGUGAAAGUGAAACGGAACGUGACUUACAUAUACUAACGCUUACUUCCGAUUUCUUUCUUCCCGCGGCCAGACGUCUCACGAUAAACAAAACAAAUAAAAAAAAUAAAAAUAAAAAUGCUCUACAACAGUGUCGUGUGCCAGUGAAAAUGUGUAACGUUAAAAAAAUGUUCGGCGACGCGGGAAUUCAAAAUUUCAAAAUUCGAAGAAGAUUGUGUCAUCUUCUGUUUAUUUUCGCGCUCUUUUCUGUGUUUUCGUGUUCGGAGAUCGAGAAUGACGUUUUUACUUUGCAAGACGAGUUGGAUUUGAGUGAGGAGCCGACGGACAGACGGAGGCCUUCCAACGGCCAGGAGAAGGACAUUUUGUUGCUGGAUGCCCUGGGGAGACGAAAGGGGUCGUCGUCGUACUCGAGUAGCGCUUACAGCUCCUCGCAGGAGGACAACUCGAUAAUGGAUUUGUUGGGCAAAAUGAUCCCGAAGACCUGCAAGUACCGGGGUCUGCGUCACUCCUGCAGUCUGAGUCUGACGUGCGUCAUGGGCGGCGGCGAGCCCCUGGACCUGUGCUCUGGGGGCAUGAUCUGGUCGUGCUGCGUCAAGCGUGACGCGACAGAGAAGCCAGUGGAGAUAGCCCCCAUCGUGCAUAAUGCUAGUGACCUUAUACAAUUGAUCGGCUCAUUCCCACACGAAUACGACUACCAAACAGACACAAACCAAUUUGAGGACCCAAUCAUCAUCUACACGGAGCCAAACCGGCCCAAACCGCACCGGCCGAAGCCCGACCCGGAUCAGAACCGCCCGAAACCGGAUUACAGCGGCCAGAACCGCCCUAAACCGGAUCACGGCGGGCAUAACCGGCCGAAACCGGAUUGGGACCUCCAAGACUACGACCUACACUCGUUCUUUCACGUGAAACCAUCGUACCACGAGAGCACACAUAAACCGGACGAGUUGAAACCGGACGGUGAUGAUGAUUAUGUACCGGUGCACACGAACGCUCAUUACCCGUCGAGUCACUCGAGACCUAGUUACCCUGGUUGUGGUGAACACUACACUCGGUCGAACCGGAUCGUCGGCGGGCACUCCACCGGUUUCGGUUCCCAUCCCUGGCAGGCCGCCCUCAUCAAGUCCGGGUUCCUCAGCAAGAAGCUCGCGUGUGGAGGCGCCCUUAUAUCCGACAGAUGGGUCAUCACUGCCGCGCAUUGUGUUGCAACUACCCCGAACUCCCAGCUCCGCGUGCGUCUCGGCGAAUGGGAUGUCCGCGACGCGGGAGAGCGGUACUCGCACGAGGAGUUCUCGGUACAGCGCAAGGAGGUGCACCCGUCGUACGAGCCCGCCGACUUCCGCAACGACGUGGCGCUGGUGCAGCUGGACAGGGGCGUCGUGUUCAAGCAGCACAUCCUGCCGGUAUGUCUACCGCAGAAGCAGAUGAAGCUGGCGGGCAAGAUGGCGACGGUGGCGGGUUGGGGCCGCACCAGGCACGGACAGAGCACCGUGCCUUCUGUGCUACAGGAAGUGGAAGUGGAAGUGAUCCCCAACGAGCGUUGUCAGCGGUGGUUCCGCGCCGCCGGCCGCCGCGAGACCAUACACGACGUGUUCCUGUGCGCCGGGUACAAGGAGGGUGGGCGCGACUCCUGUCAGGGCGACUCCGGCGGCCCCCUGACUCUCAAGCUGGAGGGGCGGAGCACCCUGAUCGGGCUCGUGUCGUGGGGCAUCGGCUGCGGCCGGGAGCACCUGCCCGGCGUCUACACCAACAUACAGAAGUUCGUGCCCUGGAUUGACAAACUCAUCAACCCUUAGGCGGUGUUAUUUCAGCUAGUUGCAACCUUAUGUCGUCGGCGCAAAGGUCAGAAUAUCUCGGAAUGGAAUGGAGCUUUACAACCCGCAGGGCGAUUCUGGAUCUUGCGGUAGCAUGUGGACCCCUAGACGAUCAAUUUUAUUGUGCA